CUUUCUUCUCCUGCGUCUUAUUUUUAUUAUAUCUUUGAAAAAGUCAUUAUUUUCAGGCUUAAAGAAAUGCUAACUGGAGAGCACGUCUAAAACAUGUAAACUCCAAACAGAUGAGAAUCACUGAGGAUUCAAAUGCUUAUCUUUCUGCUGUAAGGCAAGAGCACUAGCCACUCUCCCACAGUGUGGUCUGUUAUGAACCAUAUCUGUAAGUACAUUUAAUAAUGCCCUCUUCAUUCUUCUUCUUCUUCUUCCUGUUUUUAUUACGAUAGCAUGAGAGCAGAUAAGAAAAGAUAAUCCCCUAUUUCAGUCACGGGAUGGAGAAUUGUACUGGGAGGAGGGAGGGGCGCCCCCUAUAGAAAGUUUGAAAAAAAAAGGGAUAAAACCAAAUCAGCUUUUUGCGCGUCAGUCAGAGCGGAGGAAUGAAGCGGAGAGGAGCAACAGCUGUAGUGACUGCAUCAUCAUCACCAUCAUCAUCAUCAUCAUCAUCAUCAUCAUCACUAUCAGCAGCAGCAGCAGCAGCAGCAGGAUUACAGUCAGUGAUACCUCCGUCUGUGCUCCCAGGGAGAAAAACUCUCCUAAUUACAGGUAAACAAACCGUUUAUCUGUUCCUUUUAUUAAUUCAUUUAUUCAUUUUUUUCCAGAUUUGAAUCAUUUAUUCUGUCAAGCAAAAACAAAUCUCUCUGAUUUGAUGGGUCUGGUCUUUUUUUUUUAACCCCGACCUCGUUGCGCACGGACUCGGGGUUGUUUUUGGCAUAAAUCUCACGCCGCCUUGACAGCUGACACUCUCUUCUCUGUCUUUUCUCAGUCUUUCACAGGUGAAGUCCCGCCGGGCGAUGCGCACAGAUAAGGAGCUUUACGCGUUCCAGGAGUGCGCGUUCCAGGAUCGUUGAGGCACUUUCUCUUUUGCGCAUCACUCUAUCGGACUCUGUCGGACUCUAUCGGACUCUGUCGGACUCUAUCGGACUCUGUCGGACUCUAUGCAUUAUGAUGUUCCACCAGCUGACGGAGCCUUCAGUGAACGGCACCUGCACAGGAGCCACUGUGUGCAACGGCAGCGCGGACGGAGACACGCUGCAGCUCCCGACCUUCUCCACCGCGGCCAAAGUCAGGGUCAUCAUCACCUUUUCCCUGUGCGCCGUGUCCGCCGUCUGCAACCUGCUGGUGCUGUGGGCGGCCAGCAACGGCGGCAAGCGCAAGUCCCACGUCCGGAUCCUGAUCAUGAACCUGACGGUGGCGGAUCUGCUGGUGACUUUUAUCGUGAUGCCCGUGGACGCGGUGUGGAACAUCACCGUGCAGUGGCAGGCUGGUGACGCCGCCUGCAGGCUGCUGAUGUUCAUGAAGCUGGUGGCCAUGUACUCCUGCGCCUUCAUGACCGUGGUCAUCAGCCUGGACCGGCAGUCGGCCAUCCUCAACCCGCUGGGCAUCAGCGAGGCCAAGAGGAAAAGCAAAAUCAUGCUGACCGUGGCCUGGACCAUGAGUGUGAUCCUGGCGCUGCCUCAGAUGUUUCUGUUUCACAACGUGACCAUCACUGUCCCCGCCAACUUCACACAGUGCACCACCUACGGCAGCUUCAUGCAGCACUGGCAGGAGACCGUCUACAACAUGUUCACCUUCGUGUGCCUCUUCCUCCUGCCUCUGAUCAUCAUGAUCUUCUGCUACACACGGAUUCUCGUGGAGAUCUCCAGCCGCAUGGCUCGGGUGGUGUCUCGGGACGUCCACCUCCGCCGCUCCCACAACAACAUCCCCAAAGCUCGGAUGAGGACUCUGAAGAUGAGCAUUGUCAUCGUGACGUCCUUCAUCAUCUGCUGGACCCCCUACUACCUGCUGGGUCUGUGGUACUGGCUGUACCCUGAGGACAUGGAGGAGACGGUGUCCCACUCGCUGACCCACAUGUUGUUUAUCUUUGGCCUCUUUAACGCGUGCCUCGACCCCAUCAUCUACGGCCUGUUUACGAUUCACCUGAAUCACCGUGUCCGCAGAUGCUGCCGCCGGUCCAACACCCCCACGGAAUUAGAAAACAACACUUGCCUCCUGCACAUGACGCACCUGUCAACUCACAGGCACAACGCCUCAGAGAGCCACAGUGCCGAGGCGGGGGAGGGGGGAAACAAGUUGUCCAACAUAAGACCCAGCUCCAGGACCAUCAUCCCCAUCAGCAAGAUAGCAUGAAUUUAAACAGGAGCCGCUGCUUUUCCAUGGUUUUUAUUAUUUAUUAAUUUAUUAUUUGCUUGGUUUUUAGUUCGAUCGUUUUUCAUUUUUUGGUGCUUUUGAAGUGACAAAUCGUACCGUUUGAUU